UAAUUGAUUUUAAAAAUUUUUAUUUAUCAAAAACUUAAAAUGUCGGUGGUGAUAAAUGAAAAUCUCAAGCUAAACGAAUGUAUUUACGAUGUUAUCAAAAAAGAACCUUUAGUAUUUCAGUACACGACACCAAAAGUAAUUCCAUAUGAUCCGUAUAUAUCUAUUCAUAGUGAUCGAGUCCGUUGUGAACGUAAAAGAGCUCAAGAAGGUCAUCGCACCAUGGGCUAUGCUAAAUAUCCUAUACGUUCACCUUGUGAUUUUUUGAAAAAAAGGACUGGAAUUGUAUAUGUGCGUAAGCCAGACCCUUGCGCACAUCUUCCAAAGCCUAAAUUAAAACCACCGCUUCCCUUGGAGGCUGUUGUUAGACGUUCAACUUCGGAUUCGAAUAAGGGUGCAGGAGAUAUACCAAGAAAUAAAAAGGUUCCUGAAAAACCAAAACAAUUAGAAGAAGAAAAACCAAAUGAUAAAAACGAAUCAAAACAAAUGUGCGUGAAAAUAUGCCAAUGUUGUAAUAAGAACAUGGACGCUUGUUUCUGUGUUCCGGAAGUAGUGGAGGUUCCGAAAGAUAAGUCUAAAUCACCAACCGAAAGUAAAUCAGAUACUUCUUGUAUUAAAAAACAAAAUAUCAUUUUACGAAAUAUUAUGAGCGUUGUUCGCGCUCAACCAAAACAACCAGUUCCCAGAAUCGUCGACGAUAGAACGGGUAGACGACAAAUGGUGAAAAAGUCUGGCGUAGUACCACAGUUUAUUUAUCGUAAAAGUUAUGGCAAAACUCCUAACUAUAUUUUAAAAUUUAUCAAUGAUAAAAUAACAAAGGAACGAAGGGAAACUGACACAGACAUUCUUUCAAAUCAACCAAAAUGUAGAUAUGUUACCCAAGAUGAAAGGGAUAAAUUACUUCAAGGGCUAAAGAAAAAUUGGGAAGAAAUGCAAUCAAGAUACCAAGGAUUACCAAUUUUAACAGACACAAUUCCAAAAAUGAUACGAAAAACACAAAUGGAAGCGAAACUAUUAGAAUUGGAAAAAGAUAUACGUUUAAUUGAACAGCACCCAUAUAUUUAUGUUUACGAUGAUUAAAAAUG